CCGGCGAGCUGAAGCUAGCCAAGGAGAGGGAGAGACGUCGCCAGACUGCGAUGACACCAGGCGCCGACACCGUCAUCGUCGCAGCAGCAGCAGCAAGCCGGAGCGAGCAGCCCAGCAGGAGCAGCCAGAAGCGCGCAGCAGCGGAGGCGCCGUCCGUCCCUUCCUCCUACGUCGUCUGGGAGAAGGAGCGGUAAUAUACUCGACCAGGACCGGAAGGAAGACCAUGGAGGUGGAGGCCGCAAGGUGCGAGUGCUGCGGCUUCACGGAGGAGUGCACGCCGGAGUACAUCGCCUCGGUGCGGGCCGAGUACCUCGGCCGCUGGGUCUGCGGCCUCUGCGCCGAGGCGGUGGGCGACGAGGUCCGCCGCGCGGGAGACCGCACCAUCACCACCGCCGAGGCGCUCGACCGGCAUGGCAGGUUCGCGCGCGAGGCGCCGCGGGCGCCAGGGAAGGCCGCGGAGGAGCUCGUGGCCGCCGUGUCACGCCUGCUCCGGCGCUGCCUCGACUCGCCGCCGGCGUCUCCGGCCGCGCCGCGGGGCCAGAAGGUCGCCGCGGGGACCCGGUGCCCCGACGCGGACGAUGCUUGA